CUCGAUCACCUGAAACUGUUCCUUGCCACUGCACCAACCAAUUGGGAUCCCGAGCACACGAUCAAGCGCUUCACACUACCCAAUGGCGAGCACAUUUCCUGUGUCCUAUGGAACAAUCUUUUCCACAUCACUGGGACAGACAUCGUGCGUUCCUUGAUCUAUCGAUUUGAGGCAUUUGGUCGACCGGUGAGCAAUGUGAAAAAGUUCGAAGAGGGUGUGUUUUCGGAUUUGCGGAAUCUCAAGCCGGGCAUCGACGCAACUUUGGAGGAGCCGAGAUCAGAGUUCUUGGAAAUUCUGUACAAGAACAACUGCAUCAGAACACAGAAGAAGCAGAAAGUCUUCUACUGGUUCUCUGUUCCGCAUGACCGGUUGUUCAUGGAUGCGUUGGAAAGGGACCUGAAGCGUGAGGCGUUGGGGGUCGAGCCAACUACAGUCGCAACGCACCCCAUGCCAUUGCUUCCGACCCUGGAGUUGGCCAAGCAGCAAUGCAUGCCAACGUUGCAACUGGCGCCAGACCUUCUCGGAUUCCCCGGCGAUUCCAACGUCGCACUGGAAGAUUGGAUCAACGUCUCCCCAACGAAUACUCAGUUCCACGACUCCAUUGGCCAGCUCGCUCACGAGUUUCAGGCACAGCAGCACGACGGUUUCUCGUACGAUGGAUCGCGCAAUACGUCGCCGAAUUUGUCAAUGGGUGCGCCAUACCUGAUAAACUCGAAUUCUCCGGAAAUGUCCGUAGGGGCUCCUCCGUCGCUCAUGUCGGACGACGACGCUGCAUCUCACAAUGCAAUGUCCCACAUGGGGUUGCAGCAUCAGAUGCCUGGCAUACCCGGUUUCGGCGUGUUCAACCUUUUCGAAGGCUCGCCCAAUUACAAGCAACGACGUCGGGCGCAGUCCUUGUUCAGCGUUAGCAAGGACAUGCCAUUGCUUCCGCCAGAUUUCCGUCAGGGUGGGGAUAUCAGCAGAAUGGCCAAUGCAACGACUGAGCGCCGCAACUACCUCUGCUCGUUCAGAGACCUGUCCGGACGAGCUGUGUGCGGGCGGAAGUUCAAGCGAUACGAGCACCUUCGCCGGCAUAUGCGGUGUCACACUGGUGAAAAGCCCUACGUGUGCCCUGUUGCCGGGUGCAACAAGGAGUUCUCGCGCUCGGACAACUUGUCUCAGCAUUUGAAAGUGCAC